GCCCAUUGGCUGCCCUGGGGCGACACCUACUCAGUCACCCAGGGACGCAGAGCGCGGACAGUCAAUCUCAGGGCUACCUAGAGGGAAACUCUGAAAGUUGCGAGCUGAACUGCUGAAGGUCAAAAGCCAGGACAGAUCACAAGUGAAUGAGGCUAUUGUCAGGUGUGGGCGCGAAGCGGCAAAGUGAACCCAAAGGAGCUCGCCUCUGCAGUGAGCAUUGAGGAAUGAAAGGGAAGAUCACCGGCUAGAACGGGGUCCCUUGCUGAACCUGGAGCUAGGCUACCAGAGAUCCUCUUGUCUCCCCACCCCAAGUUCUGGGGUUACAGAUGCACACAAUCACACCUAACAUUCUUACACGCGUGAAGAGGAUUUGAACUCAGACCUUCACACUUGGACAGCAAGAGCUCCUAUUGUCUGAGCUAUCUCUCCAGCCCUGUUCAAGGCAUCACGUGCCCAACGCCCAUAUCUAUUGAACACGCAGACAUCCGGGUCAAGAAUUACAGUGUGAACUCCAGGGAGAGGUAUGUCUGUAACUCUGGCUUCAAGCGGAAAGCAGGCACAUCCACCCUGACCGAGUGCGUGAUCAAUAAGAACACGAAUGUGGCCCACUGGACAACUCCCAACCUCAAGUGUAUCAGAGACCCCUCCCUAGCUCACUACAGUCCAGUACCAACGGUAGUGACGCCAAAGGUGACCUCACAACCAGAGAGCCUCUCCCCUCCUGAAAAAGAGCCAGAAGCUUUAUCUCCCAAAUCAGAUACCACAGUGGCCACAGAGACAGCUAUUGUGCCUGGCUCCAGGCUGACACCAUCCCAAGCAGCUUCUGCAGGAACUACAGGGACGGGCAGACACAAGUCCUCCCCAGCCCCAUCUCUUGCAACAACAAUGACCUUGGAGCCUACAGCCUCCACCUCCCUCAGGAUAACAGAGAUUUCUCCGCACAGUUCCGAAAUGACAAAAGUGGCCAUCCCCACAUCGGUUCUCUUGGUUGCUGCAGGAAUUGGGUUGGUUUUCCUGACCCGGUACAUCAAAUCAAGGCAAGCUUCUCAGCCGCGUCGUGUUGAGGUGGAAACCAUGGAAACAGUACCAAUGACUGUGAGGGCCCGCAGCAAGGAGGACGAAGACCACACGACUUCAGAAACUCAGGGAGACCAGCCCACGCGCGGAGUCUGAAGGGAAGGCACAAAGGCAGUUAGUCCAGCUGCGCCUGGACACAGGAGCUGGCACCAGGAGAAAGACUAUUGUAAUAGUAGAAACCUCUGGUGUGAUCUGUUUUACUGAGCCUCAGUGCCUCCCAUAUGCACACUUGGGUCCCCAGUAUCCAGAAGGACACUACCCUUCCUCCUGGUGCAUCACCGAGGCUAACUUCGCAGAGUACACGCAGUCUGAGCUGCCCUUGGAGUCGCAUGCUCUCUAUAAAAAGCCUCUAAGUCCACUCAGACAUCAACUCACUUCUGUUCUGCACUCUCCUUUCUAUACCCUACUCUGAUUUACAGUUUACAGAGAUUAGCAAGUCUUCCAAGGCCCCUGUGGCAUAGGAGAUUUCUGCAAAGACAGAGCAGCACUCGAGCUCCUGAAGGCUUGGCUGUUGGCUGCUUUGCACCUAUUGGAAGAGAGCAGAGAAAGGCAGAAGAGAUAUUGAGCCAAUGAACCCUUUUGUAUAGGAUUCAUGACAAAAAGUGAACUCAGUGACCCUGUGUGUGUGUGUGUGUGUGUGUGAGUGUGUGUGUGUGUGUGUGUGUGUGUGGUGUGCGUAAAAGUGUAUAUGUGCAUAUACAUUUAUAUUUAUACUUUCUUUUCUAUUAUAUCUACAUAUUGUAUACGGUUUAUAUUUGAAAGUGCCUUGUAUAGACAAAAUAAAGUAUCUAUUUUCAGUA